AUGACUGACUGUCAGAAUAUCUUUGUGAACGCCGCACCCUCAGCCUCCUUUAUCCCCAACCUGGAGCACAUUCAUCCGACCGAUCCUGAAUACGUCAAGAAAUGGAACCAAUAUGUUGCUAAGACCCGAAUCCAAAUGCAGGAGCUCGAGAAGGAAAUGCAGAACCCUUGCUACUCCGCAGAAGAGAGAGAACACAACUUGAUGCUAUUGGGAAUCGCGAAGCGCGACUGGGUCAUUCUAGAGGAAGUCAUGGAUAUGGGUGUACGUGUUGAGAAGAAGAUGGAUGAGAGUCGUCGCUUGGAUCGACAAAUUGCCAUGCUACUCGAGAGGAAGGCCAAUUUGGAGGAGGAAAUUGCAGUCAAGGUUGAAGUCCUCAAGGACGCCCAUCGACGAUUUGGUUCGGAGAGAGCAACAUAUAUUGAAGAAGCCAUUCAGCGAAAGGCGGAGGAGAGGAAGAAUCAUGGAUUUCGGGGAAAAUUGCAAAAGGCAAAAAGCUUGUUUUCGUUGAGAGGUCGUCAGUAA